GUGCUUGUGCGCCAUAUUGGCAGUCUCCUCCAUCUCGCCAGACGUCGAGCAUGCAUGCCUCAAACCUGUUAUUGACUAGAUAGUCACAGAGCCCAAACACACCGCCAUGGAGGCCGUGAAAGCCUUCAACAACGAGUUGUACUCGCUGAAUGAGUACAAGCCACCCAUCUCGAAGGCCAAGAUGACCCAAAUCACCAAGUCAGGCAUCAAGGCCAUCAAAUUCUACAAGCAUGUUGUCCAGAGUGUGGAGAAGUUCAUACAAAAGUGCAAACCAGAAUACAAGGUCCCUGGAUUGUAUGUUAUCGACUCAAUUGUGAGGCAGUCACGUCACCAAUUUGGCACAGAGAAAGAUGUGUUUGCCCCACGCUUCAGCAAGAAUAUCAUCGCAACAUUCCAGCAUCUCUACCGUUGCCCCUCCGAUGACAAGAGUAAGAUAGUGCGGGUCCUGAACCUUUGGCAAAAAAAUGCUGUCUUCAAGAGUGACAUCAUCCAGCCUUUGUUGGACAUGGCUGCAGGGAUUCUUCCUCCGAGCGUUACUCCCGUCAUGUCCAGCAGUGCUGCCCCUGUCAAUAACACCACACCUGGCACUCCAGCCACCCCAGCUACCCCGGCCAACAUCGUUCAGGGACUGCCGGACUGGGCUUCCCAGAUUACCAACACAGACACUGUGGCAGCUGUGGCGCAAAUCUUACAAAGUCCUCAGGGGCAACAGCUUCAGCAGCUUGUACAAAGCCUGCAAAUGCAGCAACAAAAGCCUCAGCCCUCACUGCUUCAGGCCUUGGAUGCUGGUCUGGUUGUACAGCUGCAAGCUCUGACCGCUCAACUCACUGCAGCUGCGACUGCUAACAGCCUCAACCCCCUGGAACAGAGGGUCUCCUCUUUUAACAAGAAACUCUUAGGGCAGUUUGACUUUGGGAAUGACUCUGAGCGUGGUGAAGAAUCCAAGAAGGAAACAUCAUCCUCUCAGCUGCCUAUGGUGUCAGAGCCCAUCAACAGCUCACUGUUCCACCAGCUUGCAGAGCAGCUGCAGCAGCAGAACCUGGAGCAGUUUCAGAAGCAACUGCUGGAGCACCAGCAAAAGGCUAUGAGCAUAGAUGGACAGGACACUCUAUUUGGACAGGAGAACUCUGUUAUAACUGCUCAGGGUAGCAGUCAGCCGCAGCUUCCUGAGCCAGAGACCAAGAUGGACGACUCCAUAGACAACCAGCAACAGGACAUGGAUCUUGAUGAGGGCCCGGAUGGAAUGGAAGAGGAUAACUUCGAGGCAGAGGACAAAAAGACAGCUACGACCCGCUCCAGAACACGCUCAAGGUCACGUUCUCGGUCUCCCAAAAGGAGAAGGUCCAGGUCCCGAUCUGGCUCCCGGAAGCGCAAGCAUCGUAAGCGGUCGCGCUCACGCUCCAGAGAUCGUAAGAGGAAGACGUCACGAUCGUACUCAAGUGAAAGACGUGCCCGAGAGCGAGAAAAGGAGCGACAGAAGAAAGGACUGCCUCCUAUACGAUCUAAGACUCUUAGUGUGUGCAGCACAACGCUUUGGGUUGGCCAGGUGGACAAAAAGGCUUCUCAGCAAGACCUCACAAACCUGUUUGAAGAGUUUGGACAGAUAGAGUCUAUAAAUAUGAUCCCUCCAAGAGGCUGUGCCUACAUCUGUAUGGUUCACAGACAGGAUGCCUACCGUGCACGCCAGAAGCUCAGCACAGGUUCCUGCAAGAUUGGCUCCAAGAUCAUCAAGAUUGCUUGGGCCUUAAACAAAGGAGUAAGACAAGAGUACAAGCAGUUUUGGGAUGUGGACCUUGGAGUCACCUACAUACCUUGGGAAAAAGUUAAAGUGGAUGACUUGGAUGGUUUUGCUGAAGGAGGAAUCAUUGAUCAGGAGACUGUCAAUGAUGAGUGGGACACAGCUAAGAAUUCAGAGGCAACCAAGGAUGCUAUAAGCCAACCACUAAGCACUGAGACAACAGCAGCAUCGAACAGCCAGAGUGAAAGCUACAACCAGCAGGUCACCAUGAUGCCCGUGCAGCUACCAGUGGCCCAGGCUGUUCCUGGUCCAGUAGGCUUGGUGCCCCCUAACUUUCCUGUCAGUAUGAGCAUUCCCCCGCCAGGUUAUGGACCACCACCACCGUUCCUAAGGCCCAGCUUCAAUGCCUCACAACCACCUCCAGGUUUUUUGCAGGCAGCACAGACUGCAGCCAUGGCCACAGCACCAGCUUCUCUAGUGCGGCCUCCAGUGGCUACCAGCCAGGAAACAGUGAAGGAAAUACCUUUCAGCUCUAUGAUCCCGACAACCAACUCUAUGCCUCGUGGCUUCAUGUCCUCCGCUGUCCCUGGACCCAAUGUGUUUAAUGCGGUGGGAGUUCAAAGUCAGCACUCGAGUGACAAAAUGCCACCUUCUGCUAAGUGUUUGGAUGGGACACAGGAGCUCACUCUUCAAGGUAUGCAUAAUGCAAAUCGCAGCGGAAUGGGCCUCCUUGGGAUGCAACCCACAGCCUCCCUUGGCCACCCACUUCACCAGCCUGGAAUGGCGGGACAAAGAAUGCCUGGAAUGCUGCCGCUCGACGUGCGUCCUAACCUCCUUCAGCCCGGGGCUGGUGCUCGCUUCCCUCUCCUCCUGCAGCAGGGACCCGGCCAGCAGGCUGGUGGGCUUCUUGACGGCUCCCUUCAGGCUCAAGCCCAUGUCAGGCCCCCCUUCUCUCAACUAGACCCCUUUCACAGGCCCCCUCAUCAGGCCAAUGAUAAUGUGUCCAAGACAGAAGAGUCUUCUUCAGGGGCUGACGAGGGUAAAGACCAGGACUACCGCUUCCCCCCAGUGGACAAGCAGAGUACAGGUCUGCUGAGAACACCUCCACCCGAGCAUCGGGCGCCCCUUGGUGGUGUUGGGGCAGGAGGCAGGCCCCCAUUGCUACAAACACCAGGAGCUCAGCCAGCCAGAGGCACUCUGCUCGGACGUCUGCAGGCUCUCGCCGGCUUUACCCCUGAUAAUCACUGGAACCAGUCGAGGGGGGACUUUGAUGAACGUGACGGAAUGGAUCGCCCCAACCAAGGGCAGCACUUCCCUAAUCGCUUUGACAGCCGUCCCGGAAAUGCAGCUUCCAAAAAUGUCGGUGGGCCUCAGCCGUGGAACCGUGGCGGUGGCGGCGCAACCCCUUUUGAAAGUGACCUAGAUGAACGACGAUCCCAGUGGGACAGGCAAAGGGACAGAGAUGAAAGAGAUUUUGACUUCAGGAGAGAAAUGAAUGGAAACCGUCAAGGCCGUGAGCGGGAUCGAGAGAGGGAGCGAGGGCGAGACCGUCCCCGGGAGCACGACAAAGACCGUGAAAAAGAACGAGAGCGGGAACGUGGCAACUGGACGCCUGUUCUCCCUCUACCAACGCCACUUCUUCCUACACCACCUCUCAACCCCGUUCUGAACCUGAAUCAAGGGAAGCUGCUCACCCCGCUAAAAUUGAACACACCCAUUCAGUCACGAUUCCACUCUCCCCUGCUGUCUCAAGCUCAGGCCAAAGUGCCUCAGUUAGGUCAGCAACCCCCACCGGCUCCUUUUCAGUUAGCAGAGCCAAAAAUGUCCAGCCAAACAGCAGAGGUGGAACCACAGAGGAACAUCGCUUCUUUGCCCGAGACCCCUCAAUCACAAUCCCCACCUUCAGCCCAACUUGACAACAAGGCUCAGAGCCAAUUGCCCAGUUCACCCGCUGAGGCCCCAUCAUCAACGCAGCCAGAGACCACUCUACUCUCUGAAUCACACCACCAAGCCUCAGACCAGGCCUGUCCCCAGACGACCAGGUCCUCAGACACUCCGAGCCAGGCCUCUCCUGUGGGCCUCACGCAAGUUGUCAGCCCCCCUGAAGAGAUGAGGUACUCUCUGGAGGAGCACCUAAGCCCACAGGAGGAGACUGAGGAGGUCUUACAAGAGAAAGCCCCUUCUCCAAAGGCGCAGUGGCUCAAUGGAGCUGAGAUGGACAAAAGCACAGUGUUCAAGCCCACGCCGGACGUGUCUCCUGAGCCCACCAAGUCUGCGCUUCUUGAGAGUGAAGCCAAGCAGGAGCAGGCCGCGCCUCCUCAGGACGUAGACAUUGUACAGAGUGAGGCCGUGGAGGAAGCUGCGAGUGACCCAGUGCUAGACACUGACACACACACUGAGGGGACAUAAUCAUCACUCAGUAGGUAACAGAUCAUUUUGUACAGUUGUCUCUUCUUCUCUGUACUCAUGUCAGCAAAGCAUCACCUCCACACGGGACACGGCAAAUAACGACUCACAAAUACCAGUGUAUUUAGAGAGCUAAAUAGCUGACUUAUUCAUAGAUUAUUAUUUUCUUUUUUUUGUAUUUUGUUUCCUUUUUCAGUUGUACUGCCACCACAUUUUAUCAAUUUAUCCUAUCGACUACCCAAAUGUUUGGUUUAUGAGGGGGAAUGCGCUUUGACCUUCCUAUGGAAGACAGGAUGACAUCAUGGCUGUUCAGCAAUGGAUUGAAUACAAUUGCACACAAUACUUAAAAAUGGCAGUUGCGGGCUCAUUUCUGACAACUCCUUUUAAAAUGCUGCUGCAACGUUUUUAGUGAAUGCUUUUAAGGUGUCCUGUGUUUUUUUACACACACAUCUUAGCCUACCAAAACAGUAAGACAGUUACUACUCUUCAAAUUGGAACCAUUUGAAAUAAAACCAUGAACAUGUUGUAUCCCCAAAUCAAUGUAUGUAAUCUGUUUCUAACCAUACAGUGAAGCUGAGCAAACUAACACAGCAUGGGGAGGAGUAAUUGAUAAGAAAAUGACAGGAGGGAUGUGCUGGAUGUCUGGUGCAUAUUGUUUUAGUGUGAAAUAAACAUUUGUCUCCUUGAACACAUGCUUUAGGACUGCUUUUCUGACCCAGGACCAGUGGAAACACUUCUUUCCCCACUCACACAAACACACACACGCUGUAUGCUGUCACUUCAGACAAUUUGAUGUUCUUUGGAACUCAAAUUGCAGCUAUACCAUCCAUCUACAGAGCACUCUGGUGGAUGGGGAACGCGGGACAUAGUUUUACAUUAUGGAUGACUUCAGCCUGUGUUUUGCUUGGUGACUGUUGCAGAUGAUUGGAUUGUGCCUUUUUGAACUGACUCUUUCAAUGCUACUUUGCAAUACACACCAAACUGUGUGUGUGCUACCUGAACAGAAUUAGCAAAACUUUGACGUGUGGUAGCUGGAGAGUUUGUACAGCACACAAGCUAGAAGAGACUAUAUACUUGUUCUGUGCAUGCAGCCUUGUAGCCUCCUGUUGUGUUCAACUUCAUGCUUGUAGUGCUUUUCUGUUGAGUCACACCGCUAGAGAUGCUUAGGCUACUGUUCAACUGCAGGAGAUGUGAUAUUAAAUAAAAGUUGAAGGUGUAUCAGAUA